ACCCUUUACCCCUCUCCUUUAUAUUUCAUCAUCUCCAUGUACUUUACAAUCUCUGAACAAUCCCUGCAGAGUGCAGAGCUCUCUCUCUUGUCUUUUCUGAAUCAGAGAAUAUGGUACAUUCAAAGAAGUUCAGAGGCGUCAGGCAGCGUCACUGGGGCUCAUGGGUCUCUGAAAUCCGGCACCCACUUCUGAAGAGAAGAGUGUGGCUAGGAACUUUCGAGACCGCCGAGGAGGCAGCGCGAGCCUACGAUGAGGCAGCAGUACUUAUGAGUGGCCGGAAUGCCAAGACCAACUUCCCUCUGGUGAGGACUUCCGAUGGGGAUGCAAAGACCACCGGCGAUAAUUCAGCGUCGAAGACGCCGACCUCAAGCCUGUCUGUGACACUCAGUGAGAAACUCAGGAAGUGUUGCAAGACCCCCUCUCCUUCCCUCACUUGUUUGAGGCUUGAUACUGAGAAUUCCAAUAUUGGAGUGUGGCAGAAGCGUGCAGGGUCACAUUCUGAGUCCAAUUGGGUCAUGAGAGUUGAGCUAGAGAAGAAGAAUUCACAAGUUUCUGAAGCAUCAUCGGCUUUGCCGGAGAUUUCUCCGGUUAUGUCAGGGUCAUCAGUAGCAAGAAAAGGGAUGGAAGAAGAGGAGAGGAUUGCACUGCAGAUGAUAGAGGAGCUUCUUAGUAGAAAUUGUCCUAGCCCUUCUAGUUCUCGUGGGGAUCUCCAAAGCCAAGAGGGGACCUUCAUUGUUUAGUAGGCUAUCAUGAGCAUGAUCAUGAAGAGCUGCUUAGAAGAAACUGUACUAGCCCUUUCACUUCCCAUGGGGAUCUCCAAAGGGAGGAGGGAACCUAGCCCUUCAACUUCUCAGUGGGAGAGAGGUGGGGAUCUGCAAGGAGAAGAGGCCGUUCGUUGUGUAGUAGCUAUCAUGAGCAUUAAUUAUGUUUCAUGUUCAUGUAUACUUUUCUCCCAUUAGGUUGAUUUAGGUAAAACCCACAGGUGAGCUUUUGUGACUACUAUAGUCUAGUAAGUGUAGAAGCUACUAUAGUCUAGUAGCUUGCUACAUAUAUGUAUACAUAUAUUUGACAUAUAGUUAAAAUAAUAAUAUCUAUAAUAAGGAACUGUUCUAAGCAGUUUCCUUCCCACACCAAAACACUCUCCAUUAUUCCUUAAAUUGAUGAUCUCUUCCCUUCUGUUGCAUUUGUAAUGUUGUGGUUUUAUUUUCUAUGUACCUUCUUGGGUUUUAGUGUUGAUAA